AUGAGGCCUGAGAACCAGAGCAGCACAUCUGAGUUCCUCCUCCUGGGGCUCCCCAUCCGGCCAGAGCAGCAGGCCAUGUUCUUCACCCUGUUCCUGGGCAUGUACCUGACCACGGUGCUGGGGAACCUGCUCAUCAUCCUGCUCAUCAGGCUGGACUCUCGCCUCCACACCCCCAUGUACUUCUUCCUCAGCCACUUGGCCCUCACAGAUGUCUCCUUCUCAUCUGUCACCGUCCCCAAGAUGCUGAUAAACAUGCACUUUCAGGAUCAAUCCAUCCCCUACACAGGCUGUGUAACACAGAUGUAUUUUUUCAUAUUUUUUACUGAUCUGGACAAUUUUCUUCUCACAUCAAUGGCAUAUGAUCGGUAUGUGGCUAUCUGUCACCCACUCCACUAUACCACCAUCAUGAGAGAGGGAGUGUGUAUCUUACUAGUAGCUGUAUCUUGGAUCCUGUCCUGUGCCAGUGCCCUGUCUCACACUCUCCUCUUGGCCCAGCUGUCCUUUUGUGCUGACAAUGCCAUCCCCCAUUUCUUCUGUGACCUUGGUGUCCUGCUCAAGCUCUCCUGCUCAGACACCUCCCUUAAUGAGCUGGUCAUUUUCACAGCCGGUGUGGCAGUCAUUACUAUCCCACUAAUUUGCAUCUUGAUCUCUUAUGGCCACAUUGGGGCCACCAUCUUGAAGGUUCCCUCUACCAGGGGGAUCUGCAAAGCCUUGUCCACGUAAGCGUCCCACCUCUCUGUGGUAUCUUUGUAUUACGGAACAAUCAUUGGGCUGUAUUUUUUCCCUUCAUCCAGCAGUUCCAGUGACAAGAACAUUAUUGCCUCUGUGAUGUACACAGUGGUCACUCCAUUGCUUAACCCUUUCAUUUAUAGCCUAAGGAACAGAGACAUGAAAGGGUCCCUGGAGAAACUCCUCAACAGGCCAAUAGUCUUAUGUCAGUGA